GCUCGAUGGCAAUCGGGUCAAGCCAAAUGGCGGGCUAAGUGGAGCUCUCGGUGCUCGCCGGGGGGGCGCUGGAUCGGCGAAUGGCUGACCUGCUCAUACAGGAGCAACUGCAAGAGUUCCAUGAACUAUUCAAAUCGUUCGACGAGGACAAGGAUUACAUGUUGUCGGUCGAGGAGUUGGGUCACGUGUUGAAUGCCUUGGGACAAGACCCGACACGGGCGGAGCUGAAGUGCAUGAUCAAAGAAGUGAACGAGGAAGGUGAAGAGGCGAUCGAUUUUUGGCAGUUUUUAUCUCUAAUGGUGAAAAAGAUGAAGACGUCCGAGAUAAAGGAUGAGCUGAUUGAAGCAUUCAAAGUAUUCGACGUAGAUGGCGAUGGUUUCAUCACCCCCGACGAGCUGAUGAAUGCAAUGGAGCACCUCCAGCACCUCGGGGAGGAUCUCAGCCAAAGCGAGAUCGAAGAAAUGAUCAAAGAGGCUGAUUCUGAAAAUGAUGGCAAGCUCGAUUUCGAUGAGUUUGAGAAGAUGAUGAUGGGGAAGUGAUUGGCCCUGUCCAUUUGCAAGUCUUCAGCCCCCCAGCUCAUCGCAAUCACGGUGGUCAUGACUAACUAUUCGGGCAUUAUGGCAUAAUCUUGCUGUCAAUGGCUAUUACCACUGGCCACAAGUGUUAAGAUGAGCUGGCCCCCCAACGAGAACGAAGAAGCACAUCCCACGGUAUGCCCUCCUGGCAGCUAUCCGGACACACCGGCCACACCGGCCAAAUGCAUUUAUUUCU